UUGUCUGGAAAUACUGGUUGUUGUGGCCGCAGCAGUGCUGCUUCUCAGGUCCAGGGGUUGGAUUAUGUCUCCUUGAAGGUAAUUUGUAAAAAGUUUUGGGCAGGAGAAUCUAGCAGAAAGCCACACACUAGUUCUGUAUAAUCCACUGCAUUUGCCAUCUCUCCCAGUUAUGCUGCCACAGUGCUCUAUGCAUUUCCAAGAGCAACAAAAAACAAGUAAAUGUUUGGGGUUGGUGUCAUUUGACCAUGUGGCUGUGGAAUUCACCUUGGAAGAGUGGCAGGAUCUGAACAAUGCUCAUAAGACCCCGACAGUGAUGUGAUGCUGGAGACCUAAAGCAGCUUGGUGUUGUUGGGAUGCUGCAUUACCAAACCUGAGGUGAUCUUCAAGUUGGAGCAAGGAGCAGAGCCAUGGAUGACUGGUGAUCCUCCAAAACAGAACCUCCCAGCUAAUGUGUAGAGAGUUUGGGGCAGGAGAAUCCAAGGUCAAGCAACAACAGUUCUCUCCUUACUCCAUUCCAUGCCCUCCGCUCCCAGCUAAGCUGCCUGAGUGCGCUAUGCAUUUCCAAGAACAAGAAAAGAUGGAUAAAUCUCCAGAGUUGGUGUCAUUUGAGGAUGUGGCUUUGUACUUCACCUGGGAGGAGUGGCAGGACUUGAACGAUGCUCAGAGGACCUUGUACAGGGAUGUGAUGCUGGAGACCUACAACAGCUUGGUGUCAUUGGGGCACUGCCUUAGUAAACCUGAGGUGAUCCUCAAGUUGGACAAAGGAGCAGAGCCAUGGAUAAUAAAAGAACACCCAAACCAGAGCCUCCCAGAUGUCCAGAUAGUCAAUGACCUCACUGAGAGGAGCCAAGAAAGUCAUGGUAGAUACUUGUGGCAAGGUGUAAUCAUCAAUGGCAAUGGAUCAACUGAGAGAGUGGAGUUAGAAAAAUUAUUUAAUUGGAGUUCAAUGCAUAUUUUAAAUCUGGUUAUAAAUAAUGGAAACUAUUCAGGAGUGGGGCAUGAAGAGUUUAACAUAUGUCCGAAAGCACUUCUUCCACAGACUGAUUCCAUGCACGCUGAAGAGGAACCUGAUGAGCAUAAUGUAUCUGAGAAAUCACUGAGUCAUCAUGAGCAUCUUAGUCAGUAUCCUAAGAUUCCAACUGGGCAAUCUUUUGAAUAUAGUGGAAAAGGACAGUCCUCCAACACGGUGCCAAUAAUAUUUGCAUGUAAGAAAAUUCAUAUGGGUGAGACCACAUAUAAACAUAGCCAAAAUGGAAAAGCCUAUAGUAAUUCAGCUGUCAUUGCCCAACAGAUAACUCAGGUAGGGAAGAAAACUUUUCAAUGUCAUGUAUGUGGGAAAAUAUUCUAUAAAAAGGGUAAACUUACUCAACAUCAGGUUAUACACACAGGAGACAAACAUGAUAAAAACAGUGAAUGUCAGAAAUCCUUUAUUAAACAAUCAUACCUUAUCUCAUAUCAGGGAACAUCUACAGGGAAGAAGUUUUAUCCAUGUAAUGAACAAGAGAAAAUUUUCUAUCAGAAGUCAGAACUUACAGUGCAUCACAGAAUUCACACAGGGGAAAUGUCCUAUGGAUUUAAUAAGGGUGGCAAAAACUUACAAGAGAAUUCACUUCACAGCUGUCAUCAGGCAAUUCACACAAGUGGAAAAUGUAAUGGAUGUAGAAAAUCUUACUACAAUAAUUCUGCCGUUACUGUAUAUCAGGGAAUUCACAUUAGUGAGAAUCCAUUUGAAUUUGAAGAAAGUCAAAUUUUCUCCAGUAAGUCAAAACUCAAGAAACAUGAGAGAAUUCACAUUGGUGAGAAACCCUUUGACUGUAAGACAUGUGGAAAAACCUUUCACCAGAAUUCAAACUUCAGCAAGCAUAAGAGAAUUAACAAGGAAUGUGGGAAAGCUUUUACCCAAAAGUUGAUCUGCAGCAUGCAUCAGAGAAUUCACAGAGGUGAGAAACCAUAUGAAUGUAAAGAAUGUGGUAAAGCUUUUAACCAAAAGUCAAUCCUCUGCAUGCAUCAGAGAAUUCACACAGGUGAGAAACCAUAUGAAUGUAAAGAAUGUGGAAAAUCUUUUAAUCAGAAGUCAAUCCUCAGUAUGCAUCAGAGAAUUCACACAGGUGAGAAACCAUAUGAAUGUGAAGAAUGUGGAAAAGCUUUUAAGCGAAAGUCGCACCUCAGCAUGCAUCAGAGAAUUCACACAGGUGAGAAACCAUAUGAAUGUAAAGAAUGUGGACACACUUUUAACCAGAAGUCCACUCUCAAUAUGCAUCAGAGAAUUCACACAGGUGAGAAACCGUAUGAAUGUAAAGAAUGUGGGAAAACAUUUAACCAAAAAUCAGCCCUCAACAGGCAUCAGAGGAUUCAUGAAAGUGAGAUAACAUAUGAAUGUAAGGAAAAUUCAAAAGCUUUUAACCAGAUGUCAGCCUUCAGCAUGCAUCUGAGUACUCAAACAGAGAAAACACCUUAUGAAUGUAAAGAAUGUGGAAAAGCUUUUAACCAAAAGCCAGUUCUCAGCAUGCAUGAGAGAAUUCACACAGGUGAGAAACCUUAUGAAUGUAAAGAAUGUGGGAAAACUUUUAAGCGAAAGUCACACCUCACCAUGCAUCAGAGAAUUCACACAGGUGAGAAACCAUAUGAAUGUAAAGAAUGUGGAAAAGCUUUUAACCAAAACUCAGUCCUCACUAUGCAUCAGAGAAUUCACACAGGUGAGAAACCAUAUGAAUGUAAAGAAUGUGGAAAAGCUUUUAACCAAAAGUCAAAUCUCAGAAUGCAUCAAAGAAUCCACAUAUGUGAGAAACCAUAUGAAUGUAAAGAAUGUGGAAAAGCUUUUAAGUUAAAGUCACACCACAGCAUACAUCAGAGAAUUCACACAGGUGAGAAACCAUAUGAAUGUAAAGAAUGUGGAAAAGCUUUUAACCAAAAGUCACACCUCAUCAUGCAUCAGAGCAUGCACACAUGUGGGAAACCAUAUGAAUGUGAAGAAUGUGGAAAAGCUUUUAAGUUGAAGUCAUACCUCAGCAUGCAUCAGAGAUUUCACACGUGUGAGAAACCAUAUGAAUGUAAAGAAUGUGGAAAAGCUUUUAAGUUAAAGUCACACCUCAGGGUGCAUGAGAGAAUUCACUCAGGUGAGAAACCAUAUGAUUGUAAAAAAUGCGGGAAAGCUUUUAGCCGAAAGUCAGCCCUCAACAGGCAUCAGAUAAUUCACAAAAGUGAGACAACAUAUGAAUGUAAGGGAAGUUCAGAAGCAUUUAAUGAAAUGUCAGCCUUCAGCAUGCAUCAGAGAACUCACCCAGGUGAGAAGCCAUACAAAUAUAAUGGAUGUGGAAAAACAUUUAACAAGUCAUCCUCUAGGAUGCAUCAGAGUACUCUGACAGGGAAAACGCUUUAUGAAUGUAAAGAAUGUGGAAAAGCUUUUAACCAAAAGUCAAUUUUCAGCAUGCACGAGAGAAUUCACACAGGUGAGAAACCAUAUGAAUGUAAAGAAUGUGGAAAAGCUUUUAAGCAAAAGUCACACCUCAGCAUGCAUCAGAGAAUUCACACAGGUGAGAAACCAUAUGAAUGUAAAGAAUGUGGAAAAGCUUUUAAGCAAAAGUCACACCUCAGCAUGCAUCAGAGAAUUCACACAGGUGAGAAACCAUAUGAAUGUAAAGAAUGUGGAAAAGCUUUUAACCAAAAGUCAAUCCUUAGCAGGCAUCAGAGAAUUCACACAGGUAGAAGCCAUGUGAAUAUAAUGAAUGCAGGAAAAAAAAUUUUUUGCAAAGUCACAGUUUAGAAGUCUUCAGGAUAUUCACACAGUAAAAAACUAUUUAUGAAUGUGACAUUACAAGCCUUUUAUUGGAAAUCCCCCUACCAGACAAUAGAAUUCACACAAAGGUAAAUCUCACUGAAUCUAAUUUGUAUGGGAUAAGAUUUUGCCAGAAGUCAUACCUGAAGACAUCAGAGAACUUUCAUCAAGAAGACCUAUAAAUAUACAGUUGUCCUCAAGUACUAAAGUUUGUCUUGAGGAUCCCCUAUUGACAUAAAAAUUUGCUGAUGCUCAAGUCCAUUCUACAAAUGGUCUAGUGUUUGUGUAUUACCAAUUCACUUC